CCACUCGGAGAGCAACCUCGCGAUUACGACGGCACCUGAAGGCAUCCUGAAACUAAUUCAAAGCAAUAUUCAGCUUUUUCUCCCCCCUCCCGCUUUGGCCUGGAAUUAAAGAAGUGAUGUUUUAUCAACUUUGAGAAGAAACGGCAUUUUCCCCCUAUUUCUUUCUCGUUUUUUAUUUUUAUUUUUUGAAUUUAUUUUAUUUUAUUAUUAUUGUGUUACCGGGUGACGCGGUGUCACGCAUGGCUCCCCGGGCGGUCUGGCUCCUGGUCGCGCUGACCGGUGUCCUGACCGUGCGCUCCUGCUGCUCUUAUCCCUGUCCAUCCAUCUGCCGCUGCUCCCCCGACACGUUUCAGUGCAGCAGAGACACUCAGCUGGCCUCCCGGACAGGAGCUCCAUCCGUGACUCGACUAAAGCUCACUCGUCUGCCCUUGAAAGAAAUUCCUUCUCACGCCUUUAAGGAGCUGAUCAGCGUCACAGUAAUAGAGAUCUCCCAGAGCAACCGCAUCACACGUAUCCAGAGACAUGCCUUCCUCUCCCUGCACAGCCUGGCGCAAAUUUCGGUGCAGAAUAUCAACAGUCUGAGGGUUAUUGAAAAAGGGGCCUUCACUGACCUGCCCAAGCUGGAGUAUUUGAGCAUCUCCAACACGGGCGUAGUACACUUCCCAGACUUCACAACCAUCUCCUCCUUAGCGCCGAGCAUUUUCCUAGAGGUGGCAGAGAACAUGAGGAUUGACUUCAUUCCCGACAAUUCCUUCAACGGCGUCACAGGGGAGUACGUCGAUAUGAAACUGGUUAGAAACGGCUUCAAGGAAAUAAAAUCUCACGCGUUCAAUGGGACCAAGCUCAACACACUAGACUUGAGAAACAACAAGUAUCUCAGUUACAUUCAAGAGGAUGCGUUUGGAGGAGCAACCGGUCCAACUACUCUGGAUGUUUCCUCCACAGCUCUGAGUUCGCUCCCCCCUAAAGGGUUGAGGCAGGUUAGAUUCCUGAAAGCCAGGUCCGCCCCGGCCCUGAAGAGCCUCCCUCAACUGGAAAGCAUGGUCGAACUGCUGGAGGCCGAGCUCACGUACCCCAGCCACUGCUGCGCCUUCCACACAUGGCGCCGGAAACAAAGGGAAAGUGCCUUAAAGAACUUCACGAAGUUUUGUGAUGUCAGCGAAACAGAAAUAGAGCCCGCUACAGACGCCGUGGAUCUCAUUAACGACAUCAACUUUCAGUAUCCAGACCUGGAACUUGACUGUGUUAACAACCCCUUCGUCAAGUGCACACCAAAGCCAGAUGCUUUUAACCCUUGCGAGGACCUGCUGGGCUUCCCCUUCCUGCGCUGUCUCACCUGGAUAAUUACUGUUUUUGCUGUGGCUGGAAACCUGGCUGUCCUGGUCAUCCUGCUAAUUAGCCACCAUAAGCUAACCAUCUCCAGAUUUCUCAUGUGUAACCUGGCCUUUGCUGACCUGUGCAUGGGGCUCUAUCUGAUGCUAAUUGCCUACAUGGACUUCCACUCCCAUCAUGAGUACUACAACCACGCCACAGACUGGCAGACGGGGCCCGGAUGCGGCAUAGCGGGGUUUUUGACGGUGUUUGCCAGCGAGCUAUCAGUGUACACUCUGACCAUCAUUAGCCUUGAACGCUGGCACACCAUCACCAAUGCCAUGCACGUCAACAAGAGGCUGCGGAUGCACCAUGUGACGGCGAUGAUGGCGGCGGGCUGGAGCCUCUCUCUGCUGGUGGCCCUGCUCCCUCUUGUGGGGGUCAGCAGCUACAGCAAAGUGAGCAUCUGUCUCCCCAUGGACAUCGACACACUGGGGUCUCAGGUUUACGUGGUGUCCGUGCUCAUUCUUAACGUCAUCGCUUUCCUGGUGGUGUGUUACUGUUACAUAUGCAUAUAUCUCAGCGUUCACAACCCGGAGCACUCCACCCGUCACGGGGACACCAAGAUUGCCAAACGCAUGGCUGUGCUCAUUUUCACGGACUUUCUGUGCAUGGCGCCAAUCUCCUUCUUCGCCAUCUCCGCGGCCCUGCGCAUGCCCCUCAUAACCGUGUCUCACUCCAAGAUCUUGCUCAUCCUCUUCUAUCCCAUCAACUCCCUCUGCAACCCCUUCCUGUACACCAUCUUCACGCGGGCCUUCAGGAAGGACGUGGGCCUGCUGCUGAGCCGCUGCGACUGCUGCCACGCUCAAGCCGACUUCUACAGGUCACAGACUCUGGCGUCACACCUGACCUGCACCCAGAAAUCCACCAACCGGAAACCUCACUCACUCAGCUUCUACGCCUAUCACAUUAAGAUGAAGGGUUGCUUCCUAAAUAAGGGAACCACAUGACCUGCCGGACGGUGUGCAGAUUUGUACUAUAAACUUAAGUGAGGCCUUUCUUAUAAAUUUAGGUCAGAUUUUAUGAAUUGCAGGUAUGAGAUCUUUGAUGCAGUUUAGUUUGCACACUGAGAAUUUCAUCAGUCGGGACCAGAAGACCUUAAAUUGAAGACAACAGGUGCCACAGCUUCCCUUUCUAUAAGGUGGUGGAGAAGCAGAUGAAUGUAGCAGGAUGGGAACAAAUAAAAACAGUCACUCAUAUAACAAAUGGUCAACGAGAACAAGCUCUGUAAAGCUGGUCUUUUGUAAGGUGUUACAAUAAAGAGACAUGUAGUUUUAGUUUAAAAAGUA